UGCCUCCAACCUCCCGCUAUAGUCACUUGUAUGCAUUCAGGCUUUACACGCUGCCUCAAAAUAACUUUGUCCUACUGCUACAAGGACAGUUUUGUCUGCAACUGGAACCUAAUUUAUGACCAUGAGUUCAUUCGGCAACUUUGAAAUUACCCUCCUAGAGGAAGGGUUCUGUGCAAAGGACAUUGUUGAGCAGAAGAUCACCUCAUCAAUUGACAAGGAUGCUUUCUAUGUGGCAGACCUGGGGGAUAUCUUUAAGAAGCACCUUAGAUGGGUGCAUGCCUUGCCUCGUGUCAAGCCUUUCUAUGCUGUGGAAUGCAAUGAUAGCGGGGCUAUUGUACAGACACUGGCAACACCGGGAGCAGGCUUUGACUGCACAAGCCAGACCGAGAUCCAGCUUGUGCAGUCUCUGGGAGUGGAGCCCAGUAGGAUCAUUUACGCCAACCCCUGCAAGCAAGCGUCGCAGAUCAAGUAUGCUUCUGCACAUGGGGUGCAAAUGUUGACCUUUGAUAGUGAAGUGGAACUAAUGAAGGUUGCUUGUAGCCAUGACAAUGCCAAACUAGUGCUGCGUAUAGCUACAGAUGACUCUAAGGCAAUGUGCAGAAUGAGUGUGAAGUUUGGAGCCACGCUGAAAAGCAGCAGGCUGCUUCUGGAGCGGGCAAAGGAGCUGGGCCUGGCCAUCAUUUCUCAUUUCGUCAGCUUUCAUGUCGGCAGCAGCUGCACUGACCCAGCAACAUACAUCCAAGCCAUUGCAGAUGCACGAUACAUGUUUGACAUGGGGGCUGAGUUGGGCUACAAUAUGACCCUGUUGGAUAUAGGCGGUGGCUUCCCUGGCUCUGAUGAUUUCAAGCUGAAGUUUGAAGAGAUUACUGCUGUGAUCAACCUUGCACUGGAUAAGCACUUUCCUGUAGACUGUGGUGUGAGGAUAAUUGCUGAGCCUGGCCAAUUCUAUGCAGCUUCUGCAUAUACGCUAGCUGUCAAUAUUAUUGCUAAAAAAGUCAACAUGAAGGAGCAGUCUGGCUCUGAUACAAAUGAAGAUGAUGGGACCAGUGACAGAACUCUAAUGUACUAUGUCAACGAUAGCAUCUUUGGAUCUUUUCAAGACACAGUUUUUGGUUAUGAAUAUCCAACACCCAUUGUGCACAAGAAACCCAAGCCUGAUGAGCGCAUGUACCCCUGUAGUAUUUGGGGUCAUACCUGUAAUGGCCUGGACCGCAUUGUGGAGCUGUGUACCCUGCCUGACCGGCAGGUUGGAGACUGGCUGCUGUUUGAAAACAUGGGUGCUUACACUGUGGCUGUCUCGUCCACCUUUAACGGCUUCCAAAAACCAGACAUCCAUUACGUCAUGUCCAGAUCAGCUUGGCAAUGUAUGCAACAGAUCCACGCCCAGGAAAUGCCAGCUCUGGUGGAGAAGCAGAGCCCUGGAAACAUGCCAAGCAACUGAAAAUGUGGAAGCACCCUGGAGCUUCCUGCUUAGUCCUGCUUAGUCCAGGUGCUUUAAAGCGUCGUGAAACACUAAACUACAUUUUCUGAGAUUUUAACAGAGGUGUUCUUAUUGCAAAUCAUAAAAGAUACUCUUAGCAUCCGUAAAUUUUAAUUGUAGGAGAAAACAUUUCAUUUUUAACAUUUUUUCCACUGUUUUCAUCUUCCGGGUUUAAAAUCUUGUCCUA